AUGUUAAUAAAUAUUCGAAAUCUCAUUAUUCGUCAACCGACGAAUUUCUGUCGUUUGAAUUCUUUUAUUCGUUUCACUGGUUCAUUACAAAACAAACAUAAAGAACAUUCAAUAAAAUCUAAAGAUUUUUUUGUUGAUCCAAAUAUCGCUCAAACAUUUGAAAAAAUUAAAAAGGGCGAUUUUAUUCCAACAUCAACAAUUGAUACAAGUUCAUUAAAAAAUAUUCAAAAUUUAUCAUCAAUUGAACCAAAAUAUGAUAACCAUUUAACAAAACGUGAAAUUCUUCGGCAGGAUUUUCUUGGUAAACUUGUCUAUACGGGAAAAUUAGAUAAACCAUUUCGAGCAGCAAAAUCUCUUUCAUUAGCAUCAAGUUUAGGUGGUGCUAUUUGUUAUCCAAUUAUGUUACCGAAAAUUCUUGCAGAAACAUCAUCUAUAUUUAUGGCAAUUGGUUAUACAAUAAUAUCAGCAACAUUUGUUUUAUUAACACCAUCACUUAUACAAUUUAUAUCUAAACGAUAUUUAACAUCAUUAUAUUAUCAUGAACAAAGAGAUGAAUUUACUGGAUUUUAUAAGAAUUUUUUUAUGAUGGAAAGACAAAUUAAAUUUCGUCCUGAAGAUGUUCAAGUACCACCUAUAACUGGCAUGUUUACAUCAAUGCUUAUUAAAAAUCAACCAUUCUUUAUAAAUCAUGAUGAUUUUUAUGAUAAACCAAUUUUAAUGAAAAUGUUAGGUUAUGAUAAAGAAUUUGAUUUUAGUAAAUAUACAAAAGAUAUACAAAAAGAUGUUGAUGAUGAUGAUGAUGAUGAUAUUACUGUUAACAAUACAAAACAAAAAAUGAAAUAA